AUGUCAUCUCAGACUAAAUUCAAGAAGGACAAGGAGAUUAUCGCUGAGUACGAAACUCAAGUGAAGGAGAUCCGUAACCAGCUGGUGGAGCAGUUUAAGUGUCUGGAACAGCAGUCGGAGUCCCGGAUCCAGCUCCUGCAGGACUUGCAGGAGUUUUUUCGACGCAAGGCCGAGAUCCAGCUGGAGUAUUCCCGCAGCCUGGAGAAACUGGCCGAGAGGUUCUCCUCCAAGAUCCGCAGCUCCAGAGAACACCAGCAGUUCAAGAAAGACCAGCAUCUCCUGUCUUCAGUCAACUGUUGGUACCUCCUUCUGAACCAGACCCGCAGAGAGAGCCGGGACCACGCCACACUCAACGACAUCUACGUCAACAAUGUCAUCGUCCGCCUGGCCCAGAUCAGCGAGGAUGUUAUCAGGCUCUUCAAAAAGAGUAAAGAGAUUGGGAUUCAGAUGCAUGAGGAGCUGGUCAAGGUGACGAAUGAACUGUACACGGUGAUGAAGACCUACCACAUGUACCACACGGAGAGCAUCAGCGCUGAGAGUAAGCUGAAAGACGCGGAGAAACAGGAGGAGAAGCAGUUCAGCAAGUCCGGCGACAUCAAUGUUAACCUCCUGCGCCAGGAGGACCGACCUCAGCGACGCAGCUCCGUCAGGAAGAUCGAGAAGAUGAAGGAGAAGAGACAAGCCAAGUAUUCUGAGAACAAGCUGAAAUGCACGAAAGCUCGCAACGACUAUUUGUUGAACCUGGCUGCGACGAACGCUGUGGUUGCGAAAUACUACAUCCACGACGUCUCCGACAUGAUCGAUUGCUGUGACCUUGGGUACCACGCCAGCUUGGCACGGACCCUCAGGACGUACCUGUCGGCCGAGUACAACCUGGAGACGUCGCGCCACGAGGGUCUGGACAUCAUCGAGAACGCCGUGGACAACCUGGAUGCCCGCAGCGACAAGCUCAAACUCAUGGACAUGCACAAUCAGGUCUUCUGUCCUCCAAUGCGCUUCGAGUACCUGCCCCACAUGGGAGAUGAGGUGUGCCAGGUUAGCGCCCAGCAGCCUGUGCAAACGGAGCUUCUGAUGCGAUACCACCAGCUGCAGUCUCGCCUUGCCACGCUCAAGAUCGAAAACGAGGAGGUGCGGAAAACUCUGGACGCCACGAUGCAGACCUUGCAGGACAUGUUGACGGUGGAGGACUUCGACGUGUCCGACGCCUUCCAGCACAGUCGCUCCACCGAAUCCAUCAAGUCAGUGGCUACGGAGAGCUACAUGAGCAAACUCAACAUCGCCAAGAGAAGAGCCAACCAGCAGGAGACGGAGGUUUUCUACUUCACCAAAUUCAAGGAGUACCUGAACGGUAGUAACCUCAUCAUCAAACUCCAGGCCAAGCACGACCUGCUGAAGCAGACGCUGGGAGAGGGAGAAAGAGCUGAGUGUGGAACCACGAGGCCUCCCACCCUUCCCCCUAAACCACAGAAACUGCGGAAACCUCGGCCCCGUUCAGUCUAUAACCAUAAGCUGUUUAAUGGCAAUAUGGAAGCCUUCAUCAAGGAUUCGGGUCAGCCUAUUCCACUCGUGGUAGAGAGCUGCGUUCGCUACAUUAAUCUGUAUGGUCUGCAGCAGCAGGGUAUCUUUAGAGUGCCAGGAUCCCAGGUUGAAGUCAAUGAUAUUAAAAAUUCUUUUGAGAGAGGUGAAGAUCCUCUGAUUGAUGACCAGACUGAUCAUGACAUUAAUUCAGUGGCAGGGGUUCUGAAACUGUACUUCAGGGGUCUGGAGAACCCGCUGUUCCCUAAAGAACGCUUCCUAGACCUAAUUUCCACUAUCAAGCUGGAGUCGUCUGCGGAGAGGGCCCAUCACAUCCAGCAGAUCAUCAUCACUCUUCCUCGUACCAUCAUCAUCGUCAUGAGAUACCUGUUUGCAUUCCUCAACCAUCUGUCUCAGUACAGUGACGAAAACAUGAUGGACCCCUAUAACCUGGCCAUCUGCUUUGGCCCCACGCUGAUGCCCAUCCCCGACGGGCAAGACCCCGUGGCGUGCCAGGCCCACGUCAACGAGGUCAUUAAAACCAUCAUUAUCCACCAUGAGCUCAUCUUCCCCAGCCCGCGGGAACUGGAGGGCCCCGUUUACGAGAAGUGCAUGACUGGGGGAGAAGAAUACUGUGAUAGUCCGCACAGCGAACCUGGAACCAUGGACGAGGCUGACAAUGGCACCGAACCCCACACCAGUGAUGACGAGGUGGAACAGAUUGAGGCCAUAGCGAAGUUUGACUACGCGGGCCGUACCCCUCGUGAGCUGUCCUUUAAGAAAGGCGCGUCCCUGCUGCUCUACCACCGCGCCUCCGAGGACUGGUGGGAGGGCAGGCAUAACGGGGUGGAUGGGCUCAUCCCCCACCAGUACAUCGUGGUCCAAGACCUGGAUGAUGCGUUCUCAGACAGUCUGAGUCAGAAGGCGGACAGUGAGGCUAGCAGUGGGCCUCUGCUGGAUGAUAAGGGCUCGUCUAAGAAUGACCUGCAGUCUCCGUGUGAGCACUCUGCUGACUACAGCUUCGGAGGAGUGAUGGGGAGGGUAAGGUUGCGGUCCGACGGGGCGGCCAUCCCCCGUCGACGGAGCGGCGCGGACACGCACAGCCCGCCGCGGGGCACCGACACUCCCCCGCGGGCCGCCGCCUGUCCCAGCAGCCCCCACAAAGUGCCCAUCAGCCGGGGGGGCGCUCGCAUCGAGAGUCCGGAGAAGAGGCGCCUGGGAACAUUCGGCAGUGCGGGGAGCAUCAAUUACCCGGAGAGGAAAGGGUAUCCGGAGGGCCACCCGCUCCGGCCGGGCCCCGGGACCACACGCCACAGCAGCCUGGGAGACCACAAGUCGCUGGAGACGGAGGCGCUGGCCGAGGACAUCGAAAAGACCAUGACCACGGCACUGCACGAGUUACGGGAGCUGGAGCGCCAGAACACGGCCAAACAGGCUCCGGACGUGGUUCUGGACACGCUAGAACCCAUGAAGAACCCGGUGAGCUCGGAACCGGCCAGCCCACUGCACACCAUCAUGAUCCGCGACCCGGACGCCGCCAUGCGGCGGAGCAGCAGCUCCAGCACCGAGAUGAUGACCACCUUCAAGCCGGCUCUCUCCGCCCGUAUGGCCGGGUCCCAGCUACGACCUCCGCCCAUGAGGCCUGUGCGACCUCCGCCCACUCAGCACCGCACCAGUAGCUCCAGUUCCUCGGGCGUGGGCAGCCCCGCCGUCACCCCGACCGAGAAGAUCUUUCCCAACAACAACAACGCCAGCUCCGCGGCCUCCGCCGCCACUGGCUCCUCCUCCACCGGGAGCGAGAAACCGGGCAGUAUGUAGCCGGGCGCGACGGCUCUGCCCCACGCCAGAGGGAGAACAGCACUGUCGACCGCUGCUCCUGGAGGAGGAGAGAGAUGGAGAGAGACAGAGACUACGCUGAUGAUGGCCAGAUUUAGGGAGUUUGCUUCA